GCCAGAUCAACUCCUGGCAAAACUAUUCCCUCCCUCUUUCGGAAUCAGUCGCGACGCAGCACAUGGUUGCCCAAGAUCGACUACGGCCAAAGGGUCGACCAAUUCGCAAUCUUCGCGGGCCGCGGUCCAGCAAAUUCGGUAUAAAGACGACAAUGGGUUAUCGAGGGACUACAGUUCUCUCGCUGUGGACAACAUGCCUUCCCUCGCCACUUUCCUUCAACUUACUGCUCUCGUCGGUGCCGCGGUGGCUCUUCCAGGCAACGUCACGGUCGCGUCGCGCACCGAGACAGCGAAACGCGCAACCUGCACGGUCAACAGCGUCUCCAGCUCGAAGAACUUGAGCGGAUGCUCGAGCGUUAUCAUCGAAGGAUUCACUGUUCCCGCCGGCAACACAAUCACCAUUGCAGCUGCUAGCGGUGCGACUGUGACCAUGGCUGGUGACGUUAUCUUCGCGAAAACAUCCACCGCCGGCCCUCUCUUCACCUUCAACACUCCGAACAUCGUCUUCAACGGUGGAAACCACAAGAUCGACGGAAACGGCGCCUCAUACUGGGAUGGUAAGGGCACCAACGGAGGUUCAUUCAAACCCCACCCCUUCAUCAAGCUCAAGGGCUACGGGUCGUUCAAAUACCUCACCGUACUGAACUCUCCUGCACAGGCCAUCUCUGUUGGCACCACAGGAGGAAAGACCGUCAUCCAGCGCGUCACCGUUGACAACUCCCUGGGCGACUCCAAGGGCGGGCACAACACCGAUGCCUUCGACGUCAGUGCUGACGACGUCACCAUCUCUUCCUGCGUGGUCCACAACCAGGACGACUGCCUCGCGCUCAACGCGGGGAACAACGUCCUCAUCGAGGACACGACGUGCGACGGCGGACACGGCAUCUCCAUCGGCUCCAUGGCCUCGGGCAAGUCCGUCACCAACUUCAAGGCCGCCCGCAACACGAUCACGAACAGCAUGUACGGGCUGCGCAUCAAGGUGCAGAAGUCCGCGACGGGCGCCAAGGUCGCUGGGGUAACCUACGAGGCUAACAAGAUCUCCGGGAUCUCGUCCUACGGUGUGCUGAUCACUCAGAGCUAUCCCGCCAACAACGGCACCCCUGGCAAAGGCGGACCCAUUUCGGAUGUCCAGUUCAUCGGCGGAACGACGACCGUCGCCACGACCAGCAGCGCUUAUGGUCUGGUCAUCGACUGCGGUGCAUGCACUGGCACCUGGGACUUCUCCGGCCUCGACAUUACGUCCAGCGGCAAGGGACACUCGAUCCAGCUCGACAAUGCCAAACUCUCCGGAGGUCACUACUGAUCUGAAUGGGAGUGUAUAUCCUAAUCUCAAUCUCAACCGUAGUACUUCGCUCUCAUGCUGCAGUGGCAGCGAAGAACUGUACCAAUAUAAUUUGUUAUGUUUUCGAAAUCGUGCAUGGCUUGGACUGUGACGACGGUCGCUUGGCAAUCAGCGCUUUGAAUUCACAGUGAAGGCGACCGCACCUGUUGACCCUGCGCGAUUGUAGACAUACCUACCCGUCUCGCAAAGCGGAGAGUUUGCACGUGACAUGCACUCAUUUUCUCAG